UGGGGUUUCUGCUUUAUCUAGCAAAGCACUGCACCAGCUCCUAGAAGUAGAGGUGACUGAGGUGGGCCCUGUUCAGUCUGGUGGGGAGACAGACUAAGCUUCCAGUCACCCCUGUGUGAUGAGGACAGUGGGACAGGUAACUCCCAGGUGCAGGGAUUAGGGGCAUUCUAGGAAGCACAGCAGGCUGGAGAACGGGCUGGACCUGUCUUCGCGUCGGCGUGGGCUACCUGGCGUCUGCCAUGGGCAUCUUUGUCACGGGGCGUAUGCGAGGAGUCAGUGCUGGGGGGUGAAUUGCGGAGGAGUGAGGAGGGGUGAGCGCAGCGAGAGCUUGCGCGGUGUGGUGGUCCCUGGGGAUGGGGCCGGGGCCUCUGUGCAGGAGCAUUUGGCACUGGUUGGCCAUGCGUUCAGAGGCUGGGGGCGCUAGGCCUCAUGUUUUAGUGUGAAAUAAUUCAAAUAUAGCAUUCUUUUUUUGUGUGAAAGAACUGUAUGUUUUAAUAUCAAAAUGAUGUUUAAAGUUAUUUGUAGGUUAGGUGACUUGACUUUUCCCCACCAAACCCUUGUAUGUUAACAACUCUUGGGGACAACGUGCUCCCUCUGGCUGUCAGGACCUACACGCUGGAGGACUUUGCUGCAGGCUGGCUUGGGAAUGGGGAGGGUGUCAGCUGAGGAAGCAGGUCGGCUGGGGGUCAGCUGCCGGCUCUGCCAGGAGGCCCUGCUGUAGUGACCGCCACCUCUUGCUGAGCGCCUGUUAAGUGCCAGGCCUGAGGACAGGUGCGUUAUUUCCACCUCUCUCACCUUUCCAACUUCGCAAGGUGGACACUAUCACCACCUGUUCAGAGACGGAAGCUGUCGGAGGAGGGUCACCUGGCUCAGGGUGAAGAUGUGAGGUGUGCAGAGUAAACCUGUCUGCUUGGGUGUAGAGCUGGGCGAGUAGUGGGUUUCGCCUGCUCCGAGACACGUCAUCAGCACGUCUGCUUUGAGCUGUGCACCAUCUGUACGCCCUGCGAGCUUUCACUGGGGUCGCCAGAAACCCUAAGUCGCCAUUGUCCGGCUGGUGCCUGGCGGGGGGCUGUGCACACUUCUGGGGGUGCCCUCACUGUGUGCCCCUCCCUGGAGGACUGAGGGCCUUCUCCCCUGCAGUCUGCCCAGAGCACGAGUGCGGCCCCUCGUGCUCGGCCCUCCCAGGGGCAGCUGGGGGCUGCGUGGCUGGGGGCAGCUGGGCCUGGGCUUGGCGUGUUGCCUUCCUCGCUGGCCUCGCUUUGGCGUGUCACUCACAGCCUCCGAAUUGGGCUCCUCCCCUUCGUUGGCACGUCGGCUACCACAGCCCUGGGCCUCUGAUCGCGCGCGUCCCAGGAUGGUCCCAGUCUGCCGGCUUAGGCCAUGUUGCUUCUUUGUCCUCUGUGGUGCAGCUUCUGAAUCAGUGACCACACCGGGACUUGGUGGCAGACGCCACUCUGCCACCCUUUGUCGGCACCUCUUCGUAGUCUGUGUAUAACCCAUCUCCAAGCUUUUCACGUGCUGGAAAUAGUCCCUUUUCUGGGCAAACCAAACUCCUUUUUUCCUUCUGAAAAAGCAGUGGGACGCGAUCUUAACAAAUAGGUCGGCUCAGCUCAGCAAGUGUGUACUUCUUUUUCUUAGGUGGGUGGUGGCAGGGUUGCUGGGAGGAAGGUAAGGGCACUGGGGACUAGCAGGUGGCUUGGCGCAGUGAGGAGGGCGUGGGAGAGGCUGGAGGCUCCUUGACCCCAAGGUGACCUCAGCAAGAGCGUCUGCUCGCACACAGGCCCACAGCGCUGUGGGGGCCAGGUGCUGCUCCCAGGGCUUUGCUUGACCUGCACUUGAAUAGUGCGUUGGUCACAGCUGUGCGGACGGGACCGAGGCACAGGGCAGGAAGCAGCUCCCCCUUGCUGCAUGGCUGGUAAGUGCUGGAGCCCGGAUUCCACUUCCAGCCCCAAGUCUGGGUCCUGGGUCUGCCCCCGCUGCUCAACUGCUCAGCCUCGGCGCUGCCAGCAUCUCAGCUGGGGCCGGGCUGCCACUCACUCAAUGCCAGGAGCAGCCCUUCCCCCAAGUCGUGAAAAUCCUCAGACAGUGCCCGAAGUCCCAGCACAGAAUCAUCCAGGUGGGGACCCUGCCCUGGCUCCGAAACACCACCUUCCCAGUUGCGACUUUAAGUAAGAUGGCAGAUGCUUCGCUCCUGUGAUCAUGAAAACAGGGAGGGACAGGCCGACAGAUAGCUAAGUACCCAGACACCCACUGCCUAGGUCUGCCGUUACUAACAUCCUGCCGUCGUUUCUGUUGCUAUUUGAGAAUAUGUUUUGUUGUCAUUGGACCAUGUGAUAGUAGGUCACAGACAUCUUGACACAUAACCUCCAAACACUUCAGUGUGCACACCCUGGACGAGGACGUUCUUACGUAACCACGGCAACCUCAUCAUGCCUCAAAUACCGACAGCACAGGCAAACCCUGGAGGCGCCAUAGGCCCCGUCCUGGACCACUGCAGUACAGCGAGUGUCAGGACAAAACCAGUCGCCAAACUCUGGUCUCCCAGUGCACAUAAGAGUCACACUGACACCACUCUGGUCUGCGAACUGUGCAACAGACAGCAUCACAUCUAAAAAACGAAGUACACGCCUCAAUUUCUUUAUUGCUAAAAAAGGCUAAUCAUCCCGAGGCUGUGGGAAAAAUGGUGCCGACAGACUUGCUCCGUGCUGGGUUGCCACAAACCUCCGGUUUGUGAAAGUGCCAUCUGCCACGCGGAAAAGCGAGGCGCCUGCAGUCCCUCAGUGGCUCCUGUCCAUGCCGUUUCGUCUUCCAGGCUGAGGUCAGGGGUUAGCGAUGCUCCGCACUCAGCGCCUGUCCGGCCUCCGAAACCACAAAGCCCUCUCACUUUUUUUCCCCAUAACCUGCUAUUAUGUUAUGACAAACCGCAAGCGUUGGCACAAGGGAAGAGACUUGGUGAGUGGCUGUGCCCAGCUGCAGCAGCCCCAACUUACAGACCCUAGUAACUUCCCAGAGGCUAGGCUGCUGUGGAGAGAAGGUCUCCCCGACGCCUGCCGCUGGCCUGCUUGCUGGGGUUUACUCAGGGUCAGUGAUGACGACUGUUGAGCAUGGUGGCUGGCAGCUGUUGUCUGUUCUAACUCAGUGGCUGUGAUCCAGCCAAGGUCAGAAUCACAGCAGAGCCCUCACCAGGCAGAGUGGCGUUGUGGCAUUCCCUGGUCCCCAGAUGCCAGCCUCGGUCCUCGUGGCCUGAAUCCUCUAGGUUUCACCUCCCAGCAGCCCUUCCCGGGCCACGGCCCUGCCUGGGCUCCAGCCCCUCUGACUGGACACUUGCCCCCGCCUCCCACAGGGCUGACUUCCCCAGGACAUCGUCCCCUUCCUGCAUGAAAACCCCGGCAAGGGCCCUGGGGACACUUGCCUGGCUCCCUCCGCUCGCUCGGCUCCCACCCUUUCCCUUUGGGGCAGCCUCCGCUUACCUCGGCAGGCUUUCCAGCCACACAGGCCUGUCUCCCCAGGGUCACCCUGAACUCUCCCGGCUUCUGAAGGCCUUUGCUGUUACCAUGUCCACUGCCUGGAAAGGGCCUCCAGUGUCUACACUCAAGUCCCACUCACUGCCAGCCUGCAGGGCCUCUCCCUCCCUCGCACCUGGUGCUCUCCCAGCAGCCCCGUGCCUCUAUGUCUGCCUAUGGCCCCCGGUCACACACAGGGCCACAUGGUCGGCAGGCUGGUCCUCAGGGCAGGGUGUGCUGGGUGUACACUGGAACAUGUCGGAUCAGUCACAACUUUGCCACUUCAACUCCGCUCUGCUGCAGCUCAAGCCGAAGUUCUGGCUGUCCCCAGCUUCCUUGCUCAGGAGAGGCCUCAGGGUCCCACCUGCACAGGGGGCCUUGAGACCCCAGCCCCUGUGGAAGAAGGUGCUCUCCGCCACGGCGGUGGGGGUGCCCCUGCUCCUCGGAGUCCGCUACUUCACGGCGGAGCAACAGGACAGGAGGAAGAUGCGGCUCAUGGCAGAUGGCAUCGGCCGCUUCAGCAGGUCCCUGUGCGUCGGCCUGCAGAUCUCCCUGGACUACUGGUGGUGCACAAACGUCAUGCUGCGAGGAGUGGAAGAGAACAGCCCGAGGUACUCGGAAGUGAUGUCUGCGUGUCACCAGCGGGCGGCCGAUGCCCUACUGGCUGGGGCCAUCAGCAAUGGGGGCCUCUAUGUGAAGCUGGGCCAGGGGCUGUGCUCCUUCAACCACCUGCUGCCCCCUGAGUACAUCCGGACGCUGCGCGUGCUCGAAGACAAGGCCCUCAAGUCUGGCUUCCAGGAGGUGGACCAGCUGUUCCUUGAGGACUUCCAUGCCCCACCCCACAAGCUCUUCCAGGAAUUUGACUACCAGCCAAUUGCCGCCGCCAGCCUAGCCCAGGUGCACCGUGCCCGGCUGCACGACGGCACCGCCGUAGCCGUGAAGGUGCAGUACAUCGACCUGCGGGACCGCUUCCAUGGGGACAUCCACACACUGGAGCUACUGCUCAGGCUGGUGGAGUUCAUGCACCCCAGCUUCGGCUUCAGCUGGGUGCUGCAGGACCUGAAGGGCACCCUCGCCCAGGAGCUGGACUUCGAGAAUGAGGGCCGGAACGCCGAGCGCUGCGCACGGGACCUGCAGCACUUCCACUACAUCGUGGUCCCCCGCGUGUACUGGGACACGUCCAGCAAGCGUGUACUGACCGCCGAGUUCUGUGAGGGCUGCAAGGUCAACGACGUGGAAGCCAUCAGGUCCAUGGGGCUGGCCGUGCAGGACAUAGCAGAGAAGCUCAUCCAUGCUUUUGCUGAGCAGAUAUUUUACACAGGCUUCAUCCACUCCGAUCCCCACCCCGGCAAUGUUCUGGUGCGGAAAGGCCAGGAUGGGAAGGCACAGCUGGUGCUGCUGGACCACGGGCUCUACCAGUUCCUGGAUGAGAAGGACCGGUCAGCCCUGUGCCAGCUGUGGCGGGCCAUCAUACUGAGGGACGACGCCGCAAUGAAAGCACAUGCAGCUGCACUCGGGGUGCAAGAUGCUGAUGCAGAGGCCCGUACGCCUGGGGCAGCUGUGGCGCUCCCACCGGCUGAGCCGCAAGGAGGCGGCCUACAUGCAAGCCAUGGCGCGGGAACACUUCGCGGGCAUCAUGGCCGUGCUCAAGGCCCUGCCACGGCCCCUGCUGCUCGUGCUGCGCAACAUCAACACGGUGCGCUCCAUCAACACCUCCCUCGGCGCCCCUGUGGACCGGUACUUCCUCAUGGCCAAGAGUGCGGUCAGAGGCUGGAGCCGCCUGGUGGGUGCUCCGAGCGUCUACGGAGCCAGCCUCCUGCGCCAAAUCAGGGUCAUCUGGGAGACAUUCAAGUUCGAAGUAGCCCUGAGGUGAGUAGACAGGAGGAGGGGCCUGGCAGGUGGGCAGCCAGGGCCUGCUCCCCACCAACCUGCGACCCCUUGGCCCACCUACCCAGGCUGGAGACCCUGUCUAUGCGGCUCACCGCCCUCCUGGUCCGCAUGCUGGUCCGUCUGGGCCUCAUGCCCAGCACUGAGGGGCUGUCUGAGUACCUGGAGACCUAGGGUCCUGGUGGCAGGACUGCAGAGCUCGCCCGGGGCUAGCAGUGCUGGCCUCACCUCGGGUCGACGGAGCUGGCCAGGGCUGAGGUGUGGAGACCCCAAGACCUGGGGCACCGGAGCAGCUGGGGCCUAGGGUGGGGGACGCCCAGGGGCUCUGACCACGGCUGGGGCCAGGAGGUCGGGCAAUGACCACACGCUCUUCUCAAAUCAAA